GCAUAGCAGAUGCAGAUCUUUGUUAAGACCCUUACUGGAAAAACAAUAACUCUCGAGGUUGAGAGUUCUGAUACCAUUGACAAUGUUAAGGCGAAAAUCCAAGACAAGGAGGGUAUCCCCCCUGACCAGCAAAGGUUGAUUUUUGCUGGAAAGCAGCUUGAGGAUGGCAGGACUUUGGCCGAUUAUAACAUUCAGAAAGAUUCCACCCUACACCUGGUCCUUCGUUUGAGGGGAGGAAUGCAAAUAUUUGUCAAAACGCUUACUAGAAAGACAAUCACACUUGAAGUUGAGAGUUCAGAUACAACUGACAAUGUGAAGGCAAAGAUCCAGGACAAGGAGGGUAUUCCUCCAGACCAGCAGAGGCUUAUCUUUGCUGGUAAGCAGCUGGAGGAUGGCCGGACAUUGGCUCAUUACAAUAUCCAGAAGGAGUCCACCCUUCAUUUGGUUCUCCGUCUGAGGGGUGGCAUGCAAAUUUUUGUGAAGACCCUUACUGGUAAGACCAUUACCCUUGAAGUUGAGAGUUCAGACACCAUCGAUAAUGUUAAAGCGAAAAUCCAGGACAAGGAGGGCAUUCCCCCAGACCAGCAGAGGCUCAUUUUUGCAGGUAAGCAGCUUGAGGAUGGCCGGACAUUGGCUGAUUAUAACAUCCAGAAAGAGUCCACACUUCACUUGGUUCUCCGUUUGAGAGGUGGCAUGCAAAUUUUUGUGAAGACCCUCACUGGAAAAACUAUCACACUUGAAGUUGAGAGUUCAGACACCAUUGAUAACGUUAAAGCAAAAAUCCAGGACAAGGAGGGUAUCCCCCCAGACCAGCAGAGGCUCAUAUUUGCUGGUAAGCAGCUCGAAGAUGGUCGGACAUUGGCCGAUUACAACAUCCAGAAGGAAUCAACCCUUCACUUGGUUCUCCGUUUGAGAGGUGGCAUGCAAAUUUUUGUGAAGACCCUUACUGGUAAAACUAUCACCCUUGAAGUAGAGAGUUCAGACACUAUUGAUAAUGUGAAAGCAAAAAUUCAGGACAAGGAAGGUAUUCCACCUGACCAGCAGAGGCUAAUCUUUGCUGGUAAGCAGCUAGAAGAUGGUCGAACUUUGGCUGACUACAACAUACAGAAGGAAUCAACCCUUCACCUUGUUCUCCGCUUACGUGGGGGUAUGCAGAUAUUUGUGAAGACCUUAACUGGUAAAACAAUCACUCUUGAAGUUGAGAGCUCAGACACAAUUGACAAUGUCAAGGCAAAAAUUCAGGACAAGGAAGGCAUUCCUCCUGACCAACAGAGGCUGAUCUUUGCUGGAAAACAGCUUGAGGAUGGCCGCACUUUGGCUGACUACAAUAUACAGAAAGAAUCUACGCUUCACCUUGUUCUUCGCCUUCGUGGAGGUAUGCAGAUUUUUGUGAAGACCCUGACAGGUAAAACGAUCACACUAGAGGUGGAGAGCUCUGACACCAUAGAUAAUGUGAAGGCAAAGAUUCAAGACAAGGAGGGCAUCCCUCCAGAUCAGCAGAGGCUCAUCUUUGCUGGAAAGCAGCUAGAGGAUGGGCGGACCUUGGUAGAUUACAAUAUUCAGAAGGAAUCUACACUUCAUCUUGUUCUUCGACUCCGUGGUGGUGAUGGCGGUUGCAGUUGGUGAGUGAUAGGUGGUUUGUUGGGGAGUCUAUGGAGCAGUUUAUUUAUCUUGUCUUCUGCAUUGUGGUAGGGUCCCUUGCAAUGUUUGGUGUCCAAUGGUAAACAAUGGUCGGUCUUGGCACCGAUUUGGAUUUGGAUUUACUUCAUAUAAUUAGUAUGUGGAUUUGGAUUAUAAGUAAAUAUUUGGAAUAUAUGUGUUAGAAACUCUAAACAAGUAAUGGUGGGUUGCAGUAUUUUGCUUCUACUUGGGCUUGUCAUGGUUAUAUUUGCAGAAGUUUAUAAUAAGCAUAAGUUUUUAAAAA